AGCCCGCGGGAGGAGGAGGAGCGGCGGGAGGAGCAGCAGCGGCGGGAGGCGGCGCGCCGCCGCCGCGGGGAUGCGCGUGUGCCCGUGCGCGUCUGCCCAGCCCGGUGCCGCUCGGGGCACUCGGUGCGGGCGCGUCCGGCUCCUCCCGGCCCGCGGGGAUCGCUGCUCCCGGGAAGAGCGUGAGUGAGCAGCGGCUGGCAGCGAUCACCUGACACAAGCCAUGUCCCUAACAAAACGUUGGUGAAAAAGUAGAAGAUUUCUGGGAUACAGCAGCGCCAGUACAGUGAAGCGGCUUCUGCAGGUCAGGAGCAGCAUUUGCUGGAGCAUGCCGUGGCCCGGGCGGUGAGGUUCGUGGGGACGAGGUCGAUGGCUUGCAUGGAGCUUCUCUACCUGGCUGAGGAGAGCAGACAGGUGCCCCUGGGCACUGCUGCUGGCUGGAGCCUGCCCUCCCAUCGCUACGAGCAGCAGCAGUGUGAGGGGGGUGAGGUGGACCCCGGAGCAGCCCUGCACUGUGAACGGCACUGCAAGCCCCUGCAGAGGGGCUCUGUGGCCGAGCCCCCCCCGGCACCCCAGCCCUGCUCCCUGAGCAGCUCGCCCCAGGAGCACCCUGCACCCUCCCAGCCCUGCCACCCGGCCGAGCGCUUGCCCAGGGAAGAGGAUGGAGGGAAGAAGAAACCCUGCUGCUGUGCCCAGGAGCUCGAGACAUCGUUCACCUGUGUGGAUGAGAAUGUAAAUGUGGAGCAUGCACGAAGUCCCCCCACUGCUACAGGUGGCCAGGAUGCCCCUGUGCGGCAGCAUUCCUGCAGGGAGCUGCCACCUGAAUGGGCGCACGAUUCUCCUUCCUUGGUCUCUGAGGAGGACGAUGCUGCCUCGGAGGCAGCAGCUGGGAAAUCUGUUGACUAUGGAUUCAUUAGUGCCAUUUUGUUCCUGGUCAGUGGCAUUUUGCUGGUGAUAAUUUCCUACGUGGUCCCCAGAGACGUGACUGUGGAUCCCAGCACCGUGGCUGCCCGGGAGAUGGAGAGGCUGGAGAAUGAGAGCGCCAGGAUCGGUGCUCACUUGGACCGCUGCGUUAUCGCUGGGCUGUGCCUCCUCACCCUGGGGGGCGUGGUGCUCUCCAGCCUGCUCAUGGUGUCCAUGUGGAAGGGGGAGCUGUACCGGAGGAGCAGGUUUGCAUCCUCCAAGGAGUCUGCAAAGCUCUAUGGAUCUUUCAAUUUUAGAAUGAAGUCUGGAGCAAAUGAUAAUAUGCUCGAGCUGUCGUUAGUUGAGGAAGAUGUGCUUGCCAUAGAUAAUUAGUGUGGUCAUGAUUUUUAAGGCAGCAUUUCUACAGGAAAAUAUGUUCCAUUAAAGAAAGCAGAUGCAGCUAAAGAUAGCUGGUGAUGCAGUUUAUUUGUCUGACAAGAAUGGUGUUAUCUUAAGCUCUAUAAUCAAAUGUUUGCAAUAUAUGAGUACUUGUUGUAAAGGGGAACUGUGCCAGAUGAAAUGCAAAUUAUAUAAAAUAAUGAAAACCACUGAAUAAAAAGAGAUUUGUGAUAAGUAGGUUCUUCAGAUACUCGUUUAUCCUGAUAUAAAACAUUCCACUGGUGUCUCUUGCCUAUAUAAUUUUCUUAUUACUACCGUAUAGAAUAAGAAUGACCUUGACACUUUGGCAGCUAUUAAUUUUUGAAGCCUGCAGGAUUAUUAACAGUCUACUUGACAGAAUGUUAAGAAGCAGGACCAAUAAUCAAAUAGCAGGGGUAGUAUUUCAUUAAUGCUUUUUUAUUCUUUAAUUUUAAACAUCUCUUCAAUUUAACCCUUCUCCUCAAUUAAGUGACAGCUAUGGAAAGAAAGAACACCACUUGGUCAUGACUGGCCACAAACCUCUCAUAUUUUCAAACAAUUGUACAAUUAGUGAUGAUUAUUUAAAAUAUAAAAUAAGAGGCAAAGGGCAGGAACCACAUGGCUCAUGGUACUGGUAGGAGACAAAAGGCUCUUUCAGUUUGAGGUCAGUGGCUCCAUUUCAGUUCUGAUU